AGCAGCGCGCGGUGAUCCCGCUCAUUCGCUCUGGACGGAGCUGCGCGUUGCGGAGCGGAUCACGUUAGUAGGACUCUGCAUGAAACUCCGACGUCUCAGUUAAACAAGGCGACUUAAAUAAUAAUAACAAAAAAUAUAUAUAAUAAUAAUUUCGGAGACACCGCCGGGUUUUGUUUUAUUGGAGUGUCCACCUGAGGCUCACCUGCAGCGGCAGGAUCAUGCGCUCCAAGGCUGCGCUUCCCCGGUUGGCCUCCCUUCUGUGUCUCCUUCUCCUUCCCUCGGUUUUGUCCUCCUCCCCUCGGCGUCAGUGGAUUCUCCAGCGUAUCCCUGUGGUCCUGCCCCAGCAGACGGAGGCUCGACCGACGCCGCAGUUUCUGAAUGAGGCACGCCUGGACGUCGCUUCCCCCUGCGACCCGGAAUGCCACAAGAAAGCCCCUCGUCCCAGCUACUGGGAUUUGCGGAGCCUUCUGGCCUAUGAGACUCUAAACUCUAACGGCCAACUCACUGAGACCGCCAUUGGGAUUUAUGGCUACAAUCCCUACUCCAAUACCAGUCCUGCUUACUCCUCUGGUUCCUCUGGUAAGGCAGAGCGGUCACAUGUCAGAAGAAAACGACAGAUAUUUGGACAUGAUGGUCGUUUUAGUAUUGCAGGGCAGAACUUCCUGCUUAAGUACCCGUUCUCAGUGGCUGUCAAACUGUCCACUGGAUGUUCUGGUACACUGGUGGGGGACCGUCAUGUUCUCACCGCUGCCCACUGUGUUCACGAUGGCAAAAACUACGUGAAAGGAGCUCAGAGGCUUCGGGUGGGCUUUUUGAAACCAAAGCAACGGGAUGUACAACAUUCACCUGUUUACUUUCCCUCUAACUUUACCAACCACGUAGAGGGAGGCCCAGAUCAGUACGCCCCACCUGCCAAUGACAAAAUGAAGUUCCAGUGGAUCAGAGCCAAGCGCACCCACGUUCCCAAAGGUUGGAUUAAAGGCAACGCCAAUGACAUCGGGAUGGACUACGACUAUGCUUUGCUGGAGCUGAAAAAGCCUCACAAACGCCGCCACAUGAAGCUCGGGGUCAGCCCCCCAGCUCAGAGGCUUCCCGGCCGUCGUGUCCACUUCUCAGGAUUUGACAAUGACCGCCCUGGACAGCUGGUGUAUCGGUUCUGUCGGGCAGGCGAGGAGACGUCGGACUUGCUGUACCAGCACUGCGACGCUCAGCCUGGGGCCAGCGGCUCUGGAGUCUACGCCCGGAUGUGGGACGGGCGGCGGCGGCGUUGGGAGCGCAAGGUGAUAGGUGUGUUCUCCGGGCACCAGUGGGUGGAGAAGAAAGGGACAUCUCAGGAGUUUAACGUGGCAGUCAGAAUCACACCUCUUAAAUAUGCACAGAUCUGCUACUGGAUUAAAGGAAACUUUGUGGAUUGCAGAGAGGGGUGAAGGGAAAAAUAAAAAAUAAACGUACAGAGGACUGCACAGGGCUGUAGCUGCAAAAAGAACUGUGCCAAUCUCGAGAAACCUUUUCGCAUGUUGUGACGUUACAACCACAAAUACAAGAAUGGUGCAGUUUUAAAAAUGAAUCUCUAAAAAAAUAUAUAUAUAUAAUGUGACAUAAAUGUAUUCAGCCCCUCUGACUCAAUCCUUUAUUACAGUUACAGAUGCAGCAGAGAUUUGGGUCAUUACCAGCUUAGCAAAUCUAGGCACAGAAAAUAUUGACUCUUCUUUAAUAAAAUAAGUCAUAUUGGGACUAAAAUUUGACAGGACCAAUCAAACAGAUACAUAUCCUUAGAUUUAACAUAUGGUUACUGCUAUACAUGGCUCUCCCUCCAGGGCGUCAUUAGCAUUCAAAAAAAGUUGUCAGCUGCAAAGUUGUACUCCAAAAGUUUUGUUCUACUUAACCGCGUGUCUCGUCAAUGUGAAAUCAACCUCUAUCCACAGCUCAACCCUUGCAUUUUGCAUUGAUUUUGCAUUUUGCAUUAAUUGAGCACUUAGAAAAUAUCUGUGCUCCAGAUGAUUCUGGUUUGAUCAUCCCAUCUAUAAAAUUCAGAAUAUGUUUAGGUUUUUGUUGGACCAUCUACAAAAUUCUUCUUGUGAAGCAACAAACUCAUAAGUAUAUUUUAGUGUUUCUGAUAAGUGCAUCACGUUUUCUUUCCACUUUGUUGUUUAUUUAGAAGGUGGGGGUGUUUAUGUGAAGUGGCUGUGGUAAAAUCAAAAUGGUUAAUCCAGGGGGGCGUUUAUGUUUUGGUGAACCUCUUUGCCCAACUUGACGUUUCUCCAGUGUUGCCCAGUGUUGAGCUCCAAGCUUCGCUGCACUGCUGAGAAACAGAGGCUGCCACCUCCUUGUUUCAUGGUGGGGGGUUUUGUUUUCAGGGUAAUUUAGCAAAAUAGUUUUCAACCGCCAAUUUUCCAAGAAAGUUACAUUUCAGCCUCAUCCAACCAGAAAACUUUCUUCGUUAGCCGUCUUUUAUACACGACUCAUGGCAAGAAUAGCUUCCAUUGUCUCACUUUCUGGAAUGCUAUGCUAAUAGUUGUCCUAUCAACAGCAAUCUCCUACCUGUUCUCUGGAUGUUUGUAAUUUCUACAGCGGCGCCCCUGGCAUCUUGAUUGCCUUAUUAUAGUUCUCGCACCAUAUAUGUUUGCACUGUUUCCAUAUGUUUUUAAAAUAUUGAAUUUAACUUUAUGGAUUUAACAAUUUUAUGAGGUGUUCAAAGCCUGGGAUAUGCUUUUAUAAGCUAACCUUUAUAAACACCUCCGUAACUUUUCCCCAGUCUGAUCCGCUGUGUUCUUUGUGUCUUUCUUGAUGUUUUAAUCACGUUCUCUUAGCAAACCUCCGAGGCUUUGACUGAACACCUGUUUCUAAGCAGAGAUUACGCCAAACACAGCUUGACUGAUUUUUUUUUUCAGAUUAUUUUUAUUUCUGGGGCCAUUUUUUUUCUAAUUGUUUUUUGGGGCAUCAGAGUGAUGGGGCUGAAUACAUAGGCAAAGCACACAUUUUAGUUUUUUUCUUUUUUCAAAAGGUUUUGAGAAAAAUGCAUCUUUUUACUCCUCCAUAACAAUGAGUUUACUCUGUUGGUGAUAAGAAAAUCCCGGUUAAAUACAUUGAGGUUUGUGAUUGUAACGUGACAACAUGAACAAUUCAAGCAAUACGGAUACUUUUGCGAGCCGAUGCGUUUAUCACCACUGUAUGUUCAACACCGACAUGGUGAAACAAAUCAUCUUCAUGGUUUUGUCCCAUUUCGGGGGCUGUAAAGAAAGCAAUCAAAGCCCUUGGUCAUGACAAACUGUUCAAACCUUUUAUUGUUGUGGUCAUCAUUGCACCUUCAUUUACGCCUCUGAAGCCCUACAUACUUUCAAAGAUUGUAUUUGUGUUUUUUUAAAAGAUGAUUGUGAAUAAUCAAAGCAUCUGUCAGCUUUUGUGAUGUGAAAUGCAAGCCGAUGGAGAGGACACGUCUUCCUUUUGUUGCAGUUAUGUUGAGUAAGAAUGCACUGUCAAGACUUCUACUGAAAAUCAGACCUGUGGAUGAAUGUACAUGUCAGCGAAGCCAAAGUUGUAAACUGCAUUUUGCACCUUCUCCUAGUUGACAUCAAAGUUAACCAGCAAGCAUACAUUAUUUUCAAUGCUAAUGGAGUCUAAUAAAUGAAUCUUUAUUUUA